AGCUCUCUCGAAAACAAGGUAGAUACUUGAUGCACACAUUAUAUACGAUUAGAACGGGUAUAAAUAGCCGUGUCCCGCAGUUGUAGAACUCAGUUUGAAAUAAUUGAACAAACUUGUGAAACGUGAUUGCCUUGCCAUGGCACUCCUUGAAAUAAGCGUCGCCAUUUUGGUACUUGGUUUUCUGCUCUACAAGUGGGGCACCGCCACCUUCAGGACCUUCGAGGAAAGAAAGCUCCAUUAUGAGAAGCCAGUCCCAUUCUUGGGCAACAUGGUUGGAUCGGCCUUACAAAGAUCGUCGUUUCAGAAAGAUCUCUCUGAAUUCUACGAUAAAACUCGCCAGCACAAAGUUGUGGGCUUCUUCAAUCUGCGUACCCCUAUGGUCCAGAUAAACGAUCCCGAACUGAUCAAGAAGGUCUGUGUCAAGGACUUUGAUCACUUUCCCAACCACCAGUUCUUCCUCAGUAUCAAUGAGCGACUAAUAAACGAUAUGCUGAACGUGAUGAGAGACCAGCGGUGGAAGCACAUGAGGACUACCCUUACUCCUGUUUUUACGGCCGCCAAGAUGCGGAAUAUGUUCACCCUGAUGAACGAUGGGUUCGCCGAGUGCCUCCAGUACCUGGGCGCCCAGUCUGACAAAAAAGGAUUCGAGGUGGACAUGAAGGUGCUGUUCAACAAGCUCUCCAAUGAUGUGAUCGCCACCACGGCUUUUGGGCUAAAGGUCAACUCCUUCGAUAAUCCUGGCAACGAGUUCUACCAGAUCGGACAGUCGCUCGUUUUCUCUCGCGGAAUCCAGUUCUUUAAGUUUAUGCUGUCCCUCCUUAUGCCCAAAGUAUUCAUUUUCCUUAAAAUGAAAAUUUUUGAGAGCAGUAAAGUGGAAUACUUUGUGCGUCUGGUGGUGGGAGCCAUGAAAUACCGGGAGGAGCACAACAUCAACCGCCCCGACAUGAUUCAGCUCCUCAUGGAGGCCAAAAAGGAGGGGGCAGAAAAUUGGACGGAUGACGAGAUCGUGGCCCAGUGCUUCAUUUUCUUCUUUGCUGCCUUCGAGAAUAACUCCAACUUGAUGUGUACCACCUCCUUUGAGUUGUUGCACAAUCCCGACAUCCAGGAACGACUCUACGAGGAGGCAAAGGAAAUCCAAGAGUCCUUGAACGGCGGCUCUCUUACCUACGACGCUGUCCAGAAGAUGACCUACAUGGAUAUGGUGGUGUCGGAAUCCUUGAGAAAGUGGAGUCUAGCUGGAGCCACGGAUCGCCAUUGUGCCAAGGACUACACCCUCACCGACGAUGAUGGCAACGUGCUAUUUGACUUCAAGGUGGGCGACAGGGUCAACAUUCCCAUAGCAGGCCUCCACUGGGACAAACGCUACUUCCCGGACCCUCAGAAAUUCGAUCCUGAAAGAUUCAGUGAGGAGCGUAAGAAUGAAAUAGUUCCCUACACCUAUUUGCCGUUCGGCGUGGGUCCCCGCAACUGCAUUGGAAAUCGCUAUGCCCUGAUGCAGGUCAAGGGAAUGCUGUACAACCUGAUUCUCCAGUACAAAAUCGAAGCCUCUCCCCGCACUAUCAAGGAUCUCUGGGGCUCGGCUCGAGGAUUCAACAUCACCCCCAGGUCUGGCUUUUGGAUGCGUUUGGUGCCGCGAAAAUAAAAUACUCAACAGAUAAGAAGACAUUUCGUUGUUGUAGAAUAAAAUACACACAUAUAUUUUACUUUUGAUUAUGUUUCCAUACACACUUGUUGAUAUUUUGUAGCUUAAGACGAGUAAACAAAAAGUAUAAACUUA